CUAAAAUUGUUUCGCAACCUCACAAACUCUGAUUCGAGAUUCUUGCAAGAAAGCUGCAGCGAAAGAUAGGAAUAUGAAGUACCAUUUUUGCGUCGAGUCUCUGGAAUCGAAUCCUCAUAGCAAAAGUGCAACAAGUAUCAAAGGAUUGGUCAUAGCAUCAACGAAGAAUGCUGCAUUCAACACGAUUAACAUGGAAAGACUCGCUAAAACGAUCCUCAAUGAAAGGAAAACUUCUCCUGCUAAUGAGUAUCUGAUUUCUGCUUUUGAUGCACCGAGAAUUUGUGAAGAUAUAUUCACAAAAAUCAUGAAAGAAAAAUCUCCGAUGAGAGAUGAGAACAAU